GCAGGCUACUAAAUUACCAUUCAUUCCACCCACUUUCCAUGAAGAUGAACGUAGCCAAAAACUUUAUCGAAAGAGUAACUCGACUCACUACGGAUAAUACCACCAACAUACAGCAUACAAUUUUCCAGCAUCUCCGCCGUAAUAAUUACCCCGCCACACUCAUAAACAGGCUCAUACAACGGUCUAAAAACACCACGCACGAAGAUGCCUCCAACACUGCACCAUUAACCAUAAGAAACCACAGUCAAAGCAUAUCAACAUGCAAUCACAGUCCAACAGUCCCACCGAACGAACAGAUAUAUAGAUCCCUGCCGCACGUGCCAACACUCAGUACAUCCAUAGCGAAAAUGCUCAAACCAGACUAUCCCAAUGUAAAAAUAGCUACAAAGCCUAUCAACACAGUAUCAAAACUACUGCCAAACACAAAAGACUCGGUUGACCCAUUGCUGCAGUCUAAUAUCAUUUACAGCCUGUCAUGCGAUAAUUGCACAAUGAGUUAUUUGGGCAUGACACGCAACCAGCUUAGAACCAGGCUAUAUGGCCAUAAAAGCAAUAUUAACCAGUACCACAAACUGAUAGCUGAUGGUACGACCGACAGCAACGAACAGCUGAUCAGUCUCGGAGAGAAGACUGCCCUCAUCGAACACAUGAUACAACACAACCAUACCUUCGAUCUUACCAAAGCCAAAAUUAUUGACAGAACCUAUCGACCGACGGCUCUCCCGAUACUAGAAAUGUGCCACAUCACGAACACACUCAACACCGUAAAUCAUCGCACCGAUGUGGACGGGCUCAACACAACUUACGCAGGCAUUCUACAUACACUCAGAACUACCAAUACUCGCCGCAAUAAAGCUUCCGAACCAGACACAAGUAAUAGAACACUUUUGGCCCAUGAUAGAUAGUUACCGUUUCGGGUCACCAUCUUUAAAUCAUACGUUGUAAUACCGGUGGAUGUGCAUAUCGAGCUCCGUGACCAAUAGUGCACCCAGAUGGUUUUUAUUGCGAAAAAUCCCCAUAUUUCCGACCAGAAAAAUUCGUGCAAAAUUCCCAAACCUCCCAUCGUUGGCAAUCAGCGAAUUCGACAAAAACGCGUAAAUUAGAUUUUCCCUUGAAAAAGGCCAUCAAAAACGGCCGAAACGUCGGGCAAUCUAUAAAUAUAACGUUUGCUUAAGUAUAAUAGACUGAGAAAGCCGUAAAUAUCAGUGAAUGUUCCGUAACCAGUCGUCAAACAUCUUAUUAUAACCUCAAUAUGGCUAGCAUACAUAGUGGAUUUUUUAUGCUUAUUGACAACAAUUUUGGUCACAACACAGUACAACUUUUCAAAACGUACGCGCAGCUCAACACCAAAAUGUGUAACAUGACGGUACGUAAGGACUUUUUGAUAAAAUGCCGUAAAACGGGAGUUUUCCCGUCACACAUAGUGAACUCAUUGAAGUGUAUCCACCCGUUGCUCGAAGAACGGAGCCCAUAUACGCAUAAGCUUCAACGAAUAAUCGAUCGUUUCAAGAAAGCAAUUCUAAACAUCGAAAUCCAACAUACAUUCUACAAAAUAAAGUGCUUAAAACAGGAGUUACAGCAAAUACAGAUACAGCUUACUAUCUUCACUACCAACGACAUUGCAACACGAUUUAUUACCACACAGAACCAAUCUUUCGAUAAUCGACAGGAGUUACAGAAACGGAGGACAAAUAAAAAGCUCGCAAAGUUAUUAGAAAAAACAGCACCACUGGACAACAGCACACCAAAAUACCAAGAUAAAGCCAUACUAAACGCCACUACCGUAACAGUUCCAUCGGACACUCUGACACUGCUCAGCCUUGGACCAAAAUUUUCCCUACCAGUUACCAGUCUCAACCAUGUUCCAUUCUAUCACAUGCUAGCCGACGUUGAAG